UUAUGCGCCGGCUGUGAAGUGCCAGAAAACGGAGCUCCACUCGCGAGCAGACAACGAACCAACCGCUUCUCGCCGCGGUGUUUGGUUCGUACCGACUUGGCUGAGUUUGGGAUGUGUGGAGAAGGAAGAGAACUCUUAUUCGCCUAGGCCCAAAUGUUCUGAGUCAUCGACGAACAUUACAUUCCAGCUACCGAAGAGCGGUUGGUGGGUCUUGGCGAUUUGACGUCACAAACCAACGCUUUCGGUGUUAGGAUACCAAACCACUCCAGACUGACGUUUAUAGCUGUAAGUGGGUAAAGUAUCGUCUUGAAUCGAAUUGCCUUGGCUCGAGGGUUUUUUUGCUGCGUAAAAGUUGGAAGAAGAUAAUCUUCGACGUCCCGGUGCAUGUUGUUAUCGAGUGAGACGAUGGACGUGAAAGCCUGAGGACUUUACGAGAAGGAACAAUUCAUUCGGUCGGGACGGGAAACAACUAGGGGAUAACCUUCCAGGAGGGUUCAGCGAUGGAGAAGGUGGAGUACAAGGAGGUGCCAGGAUCGCACCCGGAGGACUCGGCGUCUCCGGACGUCGUCUCCAUCAGGGUGUACCCCAGGAGGUGGCUCAUCCUCGGGCUGUUCUCGGCUACCUGCCUGACGACGACCUUCCAGUGGGUGCAGUACACCAUCGUCGGCGACCUGGUGGCCCGCUACUACGGCGUCCCUCAGGCGCACGUGGAGUGGACGUCCUUGGUCUACAUGGUCUCCGUGUCGGUGCUGAUGGUCCCCGGCUGCUUCCUGCUCGACAAGAUGGGCAUGCGGUGGUGCAUGGAGAUGGGCGGGCUCCUGAUGGCCUGCGGAGCCUGCCUCAAGGUGGUCGCCGUGGACUCUGCGCGCUUCCCGCUGGCGCUGCUGGGGCAGACCAUGGUGGGCACCGCGCAGGUCUUCGUCCUCGGCGCCCCGGCGCGCGUCGCCGCCACGUGGUUCGGAGCCGACCAGUUGUCCACGGCCUGCGCCGUCGGCGUCUUCGGCAACCAGGUGGGGGCCGCGCUGGGCUUCCUGCUGCCGCCCGUGGUGGUGAGGUCACACGAGGACCCGGCCGCCAUCGGGCGGGACCUCAGGAGGAUGCUGGUCGCCACGGCGGCGGUGUCCACACUAGUGCUGGUGCUCAUCAUCCUCCUGUUCAAGGAGCGGCCGGAGCUGCCGCCCAGCCCCAUGCAGGCGCGGGAGCGCUCAGCGCCUGUGCCUGUCACCCUGAGGGACUUCUUCAGCGGCGUGGGCCGGCUGCUGGCCAACAGGAACUACCGCCUCGUGCUCGCCGCGUUCGGCCUCAGCGGCGGCGCGCUCAACGUCGUGGGCACGGUGCUCAACCCGGUGGUCCUGCUGCACUUCCCGAACGAGCAGCAGUUCGCUGGUAGAGUGGGGCUCGUGAUAAUCCUGUCGUCAUUGGUGGGCUGCAUUCUCUUCGGUGUGCUCAUGGACAAGACACACAAGUACAAGGAGAUAUCUUUGGGCGUUUACAUCCUGUCGGUGUUGGCCACCGCAGGAUUCUCUGUGGUGUUCUGGACAAAGAACGCCAUUCUUGUGUACUUAUCGGCAGGAUUGGUCGGGCUGUUCCUGUUCGGCUACGUGGCGGUGGCGCUGGAGCUGUGCGCCGAGGUGACGCACCCCGAGUCCGAGAGCACAGCGGGGGGGCUCGCCAUCGUCCCGGGCAACCUGCUGGGGGUGGCCAUGGCGGUGCUGUUCGCGCGGGCGCUGGAGCGGUGGGGGUACCUGCCGGCCGGCGCGCUAGUGACUGCCCUCCUCGCCCUGGGCGCGGUCUUCGCCGCGUGCCUGCGCAGGGACUACCGCCGCGUGGCCGCCAACACCGGCAAGGCCUAGGGGGCAGCCCCCCGACCUCUCUCACGUCCAGUUUCCUCUGUUCACGAGCAGUGGCGUAGCUAAGGUGACUGGCGCCCCUGGCCAGACUUUGUAAAUGGCUCCCCCCUCUUGGAUUAAACCAGAAGGGGGGGGGGGGGUGGUUCAGUAACCGCGAAACCGUCGCGGCAGCGCCCCCCCCCCCCUCCUCCGUUCCGGUGCCCCUGGCGGAGGCCAUCCUUGCCACCCGCAUGCUACGCCACUGUUCAUGAGAGAAUGUACAAUUUCUUUGGACACACGCAAUUGCAGUUUUGCUCUGUUCGUCAUGGAAAAAAAAGAAGGAAAAAAAAAUUCAAGAAAGCAUAAACUAAGAAAUAAAAAAAAAUGAAAACACGAUCCCACAGAGAACAACCCUAAAUCGGCUGACGUCAGACAGAUAAACCCAAAGACGAUCCUAAACAGGUGUUACGGACAGCACGACAGACGACAGCACAGACGAAACAUUCAAACUUAAAUUUCAUACAGCACAAGAAUGAAUUCAGUGGAAGGAAUUUAUUCAUGCAAACAGUAACAGUGAAUGCACACAGACAGCAAAACCUGGACAACACUGCAUAUAUAUGAACACAGUGAUGAAGAUAAACAGCUGUUAUGGACGAAUUAUUGAGAAACAUAUGCUUGUUUGUGUGUAUAUUAAUACAAUUUAUCCAAGAAAAUUGUCACAAAGAAAUAUUUAACAAAUGAAUCAUGUCUCCUCUAAUUGUUUUUUAUAUAGUAUAAAGUAUGUUUGUUACUGCAACCUAAAACCUAUACAAAACCUCAUAGUUAAAUUGUUUCCAUACCAAUAUAUUUUUAUGGUAAAUAGUAUAACAUAAAGUAUAACAUAAGGAUUCUUAUGUUUUUGAAUAUUUCAUGAUGCUCAAGAUUUUCAAAAUGGCACGGACCCAAAAACCUCAAAAAGAAUGUAUGACACAGGAUAUAGUAUAUAAAUGUAUCUAUAAACAAUAUAAAACAUGUAUGCUUGUAUAUUACAAAAAAUGCCAGCGCCAUAGUUUUCGUUCUCGUAUUUGGCAGCCAUUUGCAAGAGCAGCCAUCGCCUUAUUUGGCCGGGCCAAUCAAAAGGCGUGUUUUCUUCCGUGAUUCGUCUGCCGACCGAAGACAACUGAAAGAAACUCAACCAAUUACGGAACACAUAAAGCUGAUCUGGAAAGCUUUUUUUCGGAAAAAAAAGAAAGAAAAAAGUGCUCUUCCUGGACUGGGGUGCUGUCAUAGCUUAGAAACACAUAAUUUAGAAAAACACACAAAUUAGAAUUUUCUAAUUUAUGCCUGUUCUAAGUUGCGUGUUUCUAAGUUAUGAUGAUUCUAAGUUAUGAUAGUGCUGAAGUGCAUGUUGUUAAAUGAAAAUCUUCUGUGUUCAUCAGUGCUAUCGUCGUUGUGUUGGCCAUAAUGCUUGUUUAACUUCAUCGCUGUGUUCAUAUGUUUGCUGUGAUGUCCAGGUUUGUUGUCUGCCUGUAUUUAAUCUGUCUCGUCAUUGUUACCCCACUGUGUUCGUCUGUGUUAUAUUAUUUUUUCCAUGACUAAGUUCCUCAAGGAAUUCUUGUGCUGUAUAUUAUAUGUUGAACAUUUUUUGUUCGUGCUGUCGUCGUUCUGUUGUCCAUAAUACUUGUUUAGUGUCAUUGUUGGUUCCGUUUGUCCGACAUCAGCUGAUUGUCUUGUGUUUUGUAAAUUUUUGUCUUCAUUUCUUUAUUUAUCUAUGAUUUUCAGAAUUUUCCCAUGACAAACAGUGAAAAACUGCAACGGCGUAUGUCCAAAAAAACUGCAUUAAAUCAAAAUUUCCCAUUGCAUGAAUCAUUUAAAAGUUUUUAAUUUUCAUUUUGGAAUCCUAUUCACAUUGAGGAAGACUUUAACUUCAACAUACCUACAGUGUGGGACAAAAAGGUGCACUUAUUUUAUUUUAUUGGGACAAUUUUUUUAUCAAGUUCUGAAGAUCACAUCAGGAAGAUGGUGACCAUCAGCAGCGAACACAUACACCAAGAUCUUGUAUCUUUGAAGACAGCUGAGGAAGUUCUUGAGGUGUUUGCCAGAAAGCAUAAAAUAAAACUAUCCCUAAGACUAGAUUAAAUUUGUGUGUAAGAAUUAAACUGCUCUUGUAUAAUGUAUUGAUGUCUUUAUCAUUUUAUUAAACAUAUAAGUUUUAUAAAACUGUAAA